GGCUUCCACCCUCCCGCUGCCGUGCCGGAUAAGUUUAUUUCAUUUAGCAUUGCAAACAAACAAAUAAUUUUAAAUUAAUAACAAUACUAUGAAUAACUACAGCUUUACGCUGCUUAAAUAUUGAGUUUCUUUUUCUUAUAAUGUCUGAAACGGAAGCCAGCAGUGCAGUGUCCGAGGACACUACAAAAUACGUUGAAGAAGGGAAGAACAAACUCAUUGUAAAAUGUAAAUUUUGUGGAUCUAAAAUACUGGAAAAGAAAACUGCUACAUACAUAUCGCAGGAGAAAGAAUUACCUCUUAUGCAGCAAGACGUAAACAGGAAAGAAGGUGAAAUACAAAAGGAGAUGAUUAAAGGCUACUUCCAUGUGGAAAAUAUGUAUACAUUUGAAAACAUUGGGUUCACACAUCAAGUUGAUACAUACAAGUAUUUAACUUGUGCGGAUUGCGACGCGGGUCCCGUCGGUUAUUUCGAGACAGACAGUAAACAUAGUUAUGUGGCUUUAUCUAGAGUUGUACAAUGCUAACAGAUAUUAACAUUGAAAAAGAAAAUUAUAUAAAUUAAGCAAAAUAAUUUGUUCUAAUUUUUAUCAGAUUAUGAGUGUUCUGAAGUUAUUUGUGGUCCAAAAUUGUAUGUAUCUGACUAAAGGCAUGUAAAUUGAAGAUAUUGUAAAAUCUGUAUCUGUCUAUAUAUUAUGUCUAUGUAUAUAGCCAAAUAGCUGAACGUGGCCAUACAGUCUUUUCAAGACUAUUGGCUCUGUCUACCCCGCAAGGGAUAUAGACGUGACCAUAUGUAUGUUUGUAUGUAUGAAUAUGUCUUAAUCCUGUAAUAAGGUCAAAUCAACAAACAAACAUUAGACUAUGAGCACUAAUUUUUUUUCUUGUGAAUGUCUGAAAAGGUGGGUUUAGGAAUUAGAACUAAAAGUGCAAGAACAAUGAUUCGAGGAGUUAGUUUAGAAGUUACCUCACCUCUUUCCCAGAGGGAAAGGCAGAUACUAGAUUUUCUGCUUGCUAUUGCCUAAAAUUUUUCUCUUAUCACGGCCGCAGAUACACAGGCAUUCACAAUUCUUCAGUUUUUAUGUGUAAUAUGAGUGAAUAAAUAUUUUUGUUACUAUGGGAUAUUAAAUUUGAAUUAGUACAAUGGGCGCCCAUAUGUGCAUGUUUGGAAAAUAAACACUUUAGGCUAUAUGCUUUAUGCUUAUGUAUAAAAACCAAUAAAACAUAUAAAUACGAAAUAAAAAAAAAGAAAGAAGAAGAUGUAAUGUAUUAUGUACUUUAUUUGAAUCAAAAUAUCAUGUACAAUUACUCGCUUUUAUUUUCAGCAUUUCUUGACUUUUUAUAAAAGAUAAAUGCUUAUGU